AUGGCUGGCCAAAUUCCUCAUAUGGCUCCAGUGCCCCAGAUCGGUAUCUUCACCGACUACUGCGUGCGAGGACCCAAUCCCGAGGUGCUGGUGCUGCGCGAGAAGGUCAUGUCUCUGUCGGGGGACAGCUUCGAGAUCAAGCUCAUGAACGGGCAGCCCAUCUUCCGUGUCCAGGGCAAGGUCAUGUCCAUCUCCGAUCGCAAGUCCGUGUACGACAUGGCCAACAACCACCUGUUUGACAUUGUCAAGGAGCACUUUCACAUCCACUCGACAUAUGCCUGUGAGGAUCCCAAGGGCAACAAGUUCUUCGAAGUCAAGAGCGGUUUCAAACUUCUGGGCUCAAGUGCCAAGGCCACCUUUACUGACAAACAGGGCAAGGCACAUACCCUCAAGAUGAAGGGCAACUGGUUUGACACCGCGGCCGACAUCACCGACGAGUCCACAGGGCACACCGUGGGACGCAUCGAUCGCAAGCUGCUUAGCGGUCGCGACAUCUUCUUCGGGCAGCAGACCUAUGCUGUGGAGGUUGCACCUGGCGUGGAUAUGGCUCUGAUGGCAGCCAUGUGUAUCUGUAUGGAUGAGAAGAACAACGAGGGUGGCGGAUUGCUCAGUUAA